CUUCUCCUCGGGGAACAGGAGCUCCCUUGCAUCCCGACCAAAGAUGUCCUGCUACGACCUGUGCCCGCCCAAGGCCGAGCUGUGCCCGCCCCGAGCCAGCGUGGCCGUGCCCCAGCCCAUCGCCGAGAGCUGCAACGAGCUGUGUGCCCGCCAGUGCCCCGACUCCACGGCCUUCAUCCAGCCGCCCCCCGUCGUCGUCACCUUCCCCGGCCCCAUCCUCAGCUCCUUCCCCCAGCAGGCCGUGGUUGGCUCCUCCGGAGCUCCUGCCUUUGGCGGCUCCCUGGGGCUGGGAGGCCUCUACGGCGCCGGCGCCACCCAGGGCUCGGGGGGGCUCUGCACCUUCCCCAGAGCUGCUCCUGCCUGCAGCCCCUGCCUGCUGCCUCGCUACACCAGGAAGCUCUGGGACACCUGCGGGCCCUGCUAGGCUCACACCGGCCCCGGGCCCUGCCCCCAGCCUCACCAUCGGCACUGCUGCACCAAGGAAACCUCUGCAGCUACAGGCCAUGAGCUGGGCAACAGCUCCCUGCCUGCCCCAGCACCUGGUGACUGCUUC